GGAAACAGUAUACACGUCCACUGAAAGCUGCAGUCGCUAGCAAAAGGCCAUUCGCUGUAGCUUUUUUAAUUUUUAACUGAAUCUCUCGAAAAUGUCAGAAAUGCAAACAGUACCGAAUGCAGAGAUGCAAAACCUCGGAGACGGAGAGCAGGCUGGAAAAAACGUGAAAAAUGUGCUUCAGUCAGAAGAGCAGAGAACACCUGGGAAUGUUACAGGCAAGAUCUCGGAACUUGUUGUUGGGAAUAAAACCCAAGGUCCCAGAAUUACAAAAGCGUUUUUAAGGGACCACUGCAAGCGAAACAAGUUGUACCUGACACCAAGUUUAAAUGAUGCACUUUAUCUUCACUUCAGAGGUUUUACAGUAAUCGAGGGUCUGGAGGACUACACGGGUCUGCGCUGUCUCUGGCUCGAGUGUAAUGGGAUCCAGAAGAUUGAGAACCUGCAGAAUCAGACAGAACUACGCUGUCUUUUCAUCCACCAGAAUCUGAUUCAAACACUCCAAAACCUGGAACCGCUCACCAAACUCAACACACUCAAUGUGUCAAACAACUACAUUAAGGUCAUUGAGAACAUCUCUUGCUUGACUGAGCUGUCCACACUCCAGAUUUCCCAUAAUAAACUGGAGAGUGUGAGUGAUUUGCAGGGGCUGUGCCACUGUCCCUCCAUCUGUGUUCUGGACCUGUCACAUAACUGCAUCAAUGACCCCGAAAUUCUGACUGUACUGGAGAAGAUGCCCAAUCUGAGAGUGCUAAACCUCAUGGGUAAUGGCGUUAUUAAGAAAAUCCCCAACUACAGGAAGUCACUAAUCCUUCGUCUGAAGGUGCUCACAUACCUGGAUGAUCGCCCCGUAUUUCCUAGGGACAGGGCUUUUGCAGAGGCCUGGGCCACUGGAGGUUUGGAAGGAGAACGUAAAGAAAGGGAAUUAUGGCAGUUAAGAGAAAGACAGAAAACAAAAGAGAGUUUGGAUGCCAUGAGACUCAUCAAAGAAAAUGCUCAGAAGGAACAACGUGCUCGAGAGCAGCAGGAGAAGAAUGGAAUCUCUAAACCCAUAGAAGAUCAGAACGUGUCGAGGGAAGAGCUUGAACUCAAACAGACUGAGCAAGUGCAGAAGGAAUCAGUCAUAUUGGAGGAGGAGGUCAUCCAGAUUGCAGCAGAGACGCUCCAGUCAGACCCAGAGAAGGAACUAGUUGUGUCCGCAACUUUAGAUGUUAAGCAGAUGAACCAAUCAAGUUUAGAAAUGGAGCCGCCUCUUCAGUCAGAGUCAGACACAAACAACAGUCUGCAACAAGCGUCCUUAAUAGAUGAGGUUAAUUCUACAGGGCUUAAUGAGAAGUCAGGACAAGAGCAACAUCAAAAUCAUGUUACAUCAGAAAGGAAUCAGGAGAGAAAUCGAUCUUGGGCUGAAGCUGAAGAUCUACUCCCAGUAUCAUGCAAACAGGGUCCUGUCACUGAACUUGUCCCAGAUGAUGAAUUACAGAACACUGUUUUAUCAGACAUUUCAUUGCUGACCAUUAGUGAUCUUCCUGAUCUGGAUGAUCUGGACACUGCCAGCAUAAACAUGAUGCCUCAAGUGUUCCGGCCAAAAAUCGAGGUCAUCUCAGACUGCGAGAGUAACUCAGAACUGCAAGAAACGUCUCCCGAUUUCUCAAUCUUUGGUAGCUUUGCUCCCAAAAACAUAUGAUUCCGUCCUGGCAAAGCUGUUCCGAACAAAGCAUGGACAGUUAGCUAACAGAAAUAAAGCUCCAUCACACAUUCUUUCUUGUGUUAAUGCAAUGCACACUUUCCUUGACUGUAAAACUACAA